AUGUCUUCUUCAUCGGCCGUUUCAAGAAAUUCUUACAGACGCCGUUCGAACGCGGAAAGAAGAACACCGAAACAGUGUUGGUGUGGUGAACCCUGUUACAUUUCUACAUCUGGAACCUUUACAAAUCCAGGAAGAUUGUACUAUUGCUGCGGAAAAGGAUAUAAUAAGAGACAUUUAUUCAAAUGGGCGGAUGAGUGUUUGGUUGAAGAGGUUGAUGAUAUUAAGUCACUGAUAAGUGGCAUGAACAAAGACAUCUCGGAAUUCAGAGUUAACGUUGCUCUGUUGGAGAAAGAGAUUGAAGUAAUGAAGACGGCGUAUGUGGGAAAAGGAGAAGAAUGUAUGAGUCAGGGUCGGUGUUUGAGGAAUGUGUUUGUAUUUGUGUGUGGGGUUGGAAUGUCGUUACUUUGCUACUAUUACUACUUUGUCUAG